AUGGCAGCUCCAUUCCCUUCUCCAACAGCAACAUGGCACUCGCACACAUACCAAUCCUUAUCUCCAACUCGCCCUGAGCUUUCUGCCAAGGACAAGACGGUCCUAAUCACCGGGGGAGGCUCUGGAAUCGGCGCAGAGACCGCUGCAUACUUCGCGGAGGCCGGUGCAUCUCGAAUUGCUCUCCUGGGCCGUCGAGAACAGCCACUGGUGGACACCAAAGCUUCUCUCAAGCAAAAGUUCCCUCGGCUCGAUGUCUUUAUCGCACCCACCGACGUGACAAACAAAAAGCAAGUGGAUGCCGCCUUUGAGACAUUCCUCGGAGAUGGCAAGCUUCAUGUCUUGGUUAGCAACGCCGCAACCAUCGGGCCCCAGGACGGUGUGGAGGAUGUGGAGAGCGAAGCUUUCAUGAAAAGCAUUGACCAAAACUUGAAAGGAUCGCUUCUCGUUGCCCAAGCGUUCCUUCGUUAUGCAUCACCAGAGGCAGUCGUUAUCGAGACCAAUUCAUCAGCAGCCCAUUUGACAUUCGGUCCUAAAUUUGCUGCAUAUAGCAUCGCCAAGUUUGCAGUAUAUCGACUAUGGGAUUUCCUGGCUGCGGAGAAACCAAACCUCAGCAUUUUUCAUGUCCAGCCUGGUGUAGUGGAUACUGCAAUGAAUAAAGAAGCCGGAGGGGUUGCUGCUCUCGGAAUUGAGGAUCAUGUCUCUCUCCCAGCGAGCUUUUACGUUUGGCUGGCAAGCCCUGAGGCCCAAUUCCUGAAAGGGAAAUUCCUUUGGGCGAACUGGGAUGUCGACGAGCUCAAGGCUAAAGCUAAAGAGAUUGAGGCGGGUUCCUAUCUUGGGAUUGGACUUGUUGGAUGGCCAUUCCAGCAAGGGGACUGGGAACUACAGGCCAAUUUCUGA